AUGGAUAUCGAUAAUAUUAAACAAAUUGCUAUGUUUUUCCAAAAAGUCGGACAAGAAAUUUGGGAACAAGGAGAAUUAAGCCCAGACAAUAAAGCCAUUUUGCCGAACACUCCUGCUCAGCAAGAAUUAUUAGAUGCAGCAAUAAAUUGUAGCCAGGCUUUCUCAAAUGAUUUUGAUCAUUUUGCCAAAGAUUGCUUGGAUAUCCUUUGUAAUAAUAAAGGCAAUGCUAUCAUUAACAAAUUACUUGCUCGGUUUAGCCAAUAUAUCAAUAAUUAUGUGGCAGUAGAAGAUACAAGUGAAAUUGAUGAUGCCACUUAUCAGCAGAUGCGUUCAAAUUUUGAGCAAAUUAUUCAUUAUGUCAAAGAACAAUUGAGAAACCGCGGAUUUACUAAAAUGGAUGAAGAAAAAGAAAAAGAAAUAUUGAGAAAUUUCAGUGUAGAAGAUAUUCGAGCAGCACGCGAAGUCUUGCGAAAAUUUGCCAUUAAAGCCAUUGAUACCGAAACUGAAAUUUAUAACCAAAUUCCGGUAGCUUGA